AUGGUCGAUUCCCUCACUCGCACAUCAUCUCCUCGACUGAAUUUCGAGUCGUGGAUAUCUGGUUCUGGACUAGAGCCCUUAACCUUCUCUGCAUCUGAAUGUCUCGAUCGAACGCAUCAGUACUCGCUAACCCAACCUCCCACUCAAUCCUCUGCCUCUCCAUUACUGUCGCAAUCUAACUCACAAACUAUUGGUUGCUUCGCUCGCCAGAUCUUGGCAGAUGGGGCUCACCGUAUUUACCUUGGCCGGCGAUCGAAAACGCGUGUGACCCAAUUGCGACCAGGCCGUGUUUAUGCAUUUUGCGUUCGUUCCCGCAAUGCAGCUUGUCCUGCUUGGGGCAGCUUCUCCAGCUGGCGCCUCAUCGCCACAUCAGCCAGUUGUCCUGACGCUCCGCUGGCUGCUCCCAGAGUGGAGCCACGUCAUGCCAUAGGAGCAAGUGGAACGGUGACAGCCACAGAAGCAGCUACUAUCAGUGUUCAUGUGGCCUGGGACCCUGUUGACCAAGUAAAUGGGGCCCCGGUUCUUGAAUACCGUCUCGAAUGGCAACAGACAACUAAUUCCACAGACUUUCUUGAUCUCAAGGAAGCCACCGAAAAGCUUAGAGAUGGCUUUCAAAUGGUGAGCAUUAUGCAUAUCUGUUUUCAUGUUUUGAGUUAG